AUGGAAAUUAGUCAAAUUACUACCCAACUAACGGUCAACCUCCGUCUGAAGCCACCGCCACCGCUGCCGGCUGUCCCAUUCCUUUACAAUUGCCGCAAAGGAACAACCUCACACCAUCGUCAGGCUAAAUUUUCACGGAUGACACUGCUGAAGAGAUAUGUGCUGAGAUUGUUCAUAUCGUUGAAGUAUAUAACUGCAAACGUGGUAGACAGGAAUAAUGGACGUAUAGUUGCAACAGCGUCGACAGUUGAACACUCUCUAAAAAAUUCACUUGAAUGUGGUCGGUCUUGCAAUGCGAAAGCAGCAGCAGUUGUGGGAGAAGUGUUGGCGAUGAGACUUAAAGUGGAGGGUCUUGAACAGGGCCAGGGGCGAGGUAUCCAUGCUGACGUGAACAAAGAGAUUGAGAAGAAAGGUCUAAAGAACAGCACAAAGGUAUGGUCUAUAGUAAACGCCCUUAAGAACAACGGAGUCAAACUUAUUCUCGAGGAAAAUGACAAAGAGACUUCAUGCUCGAGCUACAAAGUGCAUGGAGCAGAUGAUUUCAGAAAUCGUAGAGAUUGA